AUGAUGAUACAUCCGGAUAACAUUACAGUUCUAGAUGACGACCCCAGCGCCGCAGAAAAGCGGACGCACAGUGGGAAUCUUCAAGCUGGCAACGUAUUGUCCAUGAAAGAUUCUGAAAUCCCUAUUGAAGAGUUUAUAUACUUCGCCAAACUCUCUCGCGCUCGGGAGUCGGGCAGCUCUUCACAGCCUGGGCAUAUCAUAGCAUCUGCUAAUGUUGCCAGUUCUGUUGGACAUGGUGUUGACCAGUCUGUCAAAGAAUCUGGGGGAGGCAUGGUUCCCCUCAAUUGCGGAGAGGCGGAGCAUUUAUCGCGAGUCCAAUCAAAGAAGAAACCUAUGCCCGAAGCAUUUGCACCUCUAGAUAUUUCUGAAGGCGAAUGGACUCAGGCUGCUAGGGCGGCUAGAACUGCGACUUGGGUAUCCAUCUUCUACUUGAUUACAACCGAUGUGCUGGGACCCUUUUCGACUGGUUACGCCUUCUCCCAGAUGGGCCUUGCUCCAGGCGUCGUCUUGUAUACUGUAUUUGGUGCUCUCGCCGGAUACAGCGGAUUUCUGCUGUGGCGCUUAUUUCUCCAACUUGACAGCGACGAACACCCCCUACGAGGGUACAGCGAUCUGGCUUUGCGUAUAUACGGACCGUGGUUUCAGCAUGUGUGCAAUAUUUUGCAAUCAUUCCAGUUCUUUCUCACCGUCAUGGUUAUCAUGAUCACAAACGGGCAGUCCAUCAGACAGAUCCGAACUCUUAAAAACUUGGGCUGGGUGGGGUCCGUGAGUGUGUUUCUGAACUUGUUUGUCAUCUUCGCAACAAUGGGAGUCAUGGCUCACAGUCCACCAAACUACAUCCUCUAUGCUACAACUCAUCCAGAGUUCAAUAUUCAAGCUCCUGAUCCCAUUUCUGUUUCUAUUACUGCACCACCAGAACUCACAUUUGUAGAUAAUGUGAACGGUCUGAUGAAUGCCGUAUACUCAUUUGGCGGUGCGACCAUGUUUGUCGAGUUAAUGGCUGAAAUGCGACGACCCAUGGACUUUUGGAAAGGGCUUCUCUGUGCUGACCUUCUCAUAUUCUUAUGUUACAUGGUGUAUGGUAUUUACUGCUACGUGAUGCAGGGACAGUACGCAUACAUCAAUUCCUAUCAGGGAAUUUCUCCAUACAAUUGGCAAACAGUCUGCAACGUUAUUGAACUGUUGACCAACGUCAUCGCCGCAGUUCUAUAUGCCAACAUUGACUCCCUGAUCUGA